AUGGCUGUCACGGAUCUUCUACUCAUCGUUACCGCCGUCAUCAUCAACCGCAUCUGCGGCAUUUAUUUCCCAGGCAGUUUCCUCUCCAUCACCCCAGUAUGUAGUGUCAUCAUCGCACUAACCUAUGCAGCGCGAGUCAGUUCCGUUUGGCUAACCGUAGCUUUCACCUUUGAUCGUUUUGUGGUUAUAUGUUGCCUGAAACUGAAAGCGAAAUAUUGCACAGACAGGACGGCAGCUGUGGUGAUAGGAACGGUCUGUGGACUUGGAUUUUUCAUCAACAUCCCUUGGUACUUCAUUCAUCAGCCCAUCUAUAUCGUUAACAAUGUGCCCUGGUAUUGCAAGCUGAAGGAUGCCCGUUUUACCUCUCCACUGUGGACUGCCUACGAUUGGUUCGACCACCUUUUAACCCCUUGUCUCCCGUUCCUUUUGAUUCUUUUGCUCAAUGCUCUCACUGUCAGACACAUUUUAGAAGCGAGUCGAGCACGUCGGAGACUCCAGGUUCAAAGAAAGGGGACUAAUCAGAGUGACCUAGAGAUGGAGUGCCGGCGGAAAUCCAUCGUUUUACUCUUCGCCGUCUCCGGCACAUUUAUACUGUUGUGGAUGACGUAUUUUGUACAGUUCCUAUAUGAGAGAUUUACCCACGAGUACGAAAUCACCGGAUACAGUGAUCCCAAAUUUAUUUUCAUCGAAACUGCCAACAUGCUGCAACUGUUGAGUUGCUGCACAAACACGUUUAUUUAUGCAGUGACUCAGAGCAAAUUUCGGGAACAGUUAAAAACCGCGAUGCGGUGCGGUGCGGUCGGUUCAACCUAA